AAUCUAAGAGGAUGGAGCUGAGUACCUGUAAAACUAGUGAAUCGGAGGAAGACUAUGCUGAAGAAGAGGAAUCUGAGGAGGAAUGUGUUAGAGGGGAAGAUACCAUCCCUUCUAACCCUUCUCAUGAGGCACUCUCAAAGGCUGACUAUAAGGCAUUUGGGAAUGGAAUUCCCUUAUCCAUUAUAGCCAAGAAAAUUCCAAAGAAAAUCAUAGCCCCAAAUGACCCAGAGGACUUAGAAGUUGGGAGAAGAAAGAAAAAGCGGAAACGCAGACCCUUAGCCAUCAACCUGACCGACUGCAAGUAUGAGAGUGUGCGUCGGGCAGCCCAAAUGUGUGGCCUGAAGGAGGUGGGGGAGGAUGAGGAGUGGAGUGUGUACUGGACGGACUGUUCUGUCUCACUGGAACGAGUCAUGGACAUGAAGAGGUUUCAGAAAAUCAACCACUUUCCUGGCAUGACAGAAAUCUGCCGCAAAGAUCUGCUGGCACGGAACCUCAACCGCAUGCAGAAAAUCUAUCCUACUGAGUACAACAUCUUCCCCCGCACCUGGUGUCUCCCAGCAGACUAUGGGGACUUCCAGUCUUAUGGUCGUCAGCGGAAGAACCGCACUUACAUCUGUAAGCCGGACAGUGGCUGUCAGGGACGGGGCAUCUUCAUCACCCGAAAUCCCCGGGAGAUCAAGCCAGGAGAGCAUAUGAUCUGUCAGCAAUACAUCUCCAAGCCAUUCCUCAUUGAUGGCUUCAAGUUUGACAUGCGAAUCUAUGUCCUGAUCACAUCCUGUGACCCUCUUCGGAUCUUCAUGUAUGAGGAAGGCCUGGCCCGCUUUGCCACCAUGCCCUAUGUGGAGCCCAACAUUAACAACCUGGAUGAUGUUUGCAUGCACCUGACCAACUAUGCUAUCAACAAACACAAUGAGAAUUUUGUCCGUGAUGAUGCUGUGGGCAGUAAGAGGAAGCUGUCAACACUCAAUGCCUGGCUGCGAGAACAUAGCUACGACCCCCGAGAGCUGUGGGGGGACAUUGAAGACAUCAUCAUCAAAACCGUCAUCUCGGCCCAUUCUGUUCUUCGCCACAACUACCGAACCUGUUUUCCCCAAUAUCUGAGUGGAGGUACAUGUGCCUGUUUUGAGAUCCUUGGUUUUGACAUCCUGCUGGACCACAAGCUGAAGCCCUGGCUGCUGGAGGUAAACCACUCUCCAAGCUUCACCACGGACUCACGUCUUGAUCGAGAAGUGAAGGAUGCACUUCUCUGUGAUGCCAUGAUCCUUGUCAACCUCCGAGGCUGUGACAAAAAGAAGGUGCUAGAGGAGGACAAGCGCCGAGUCAAGGAGCGGCUUUUCCAGUACCACCACCAUCCACGAGAAGCCAGGUGCUUCAGGUGUACAGCAUGUGUUUAGUUGUGUGAUUUUGCCUUCUUUCACUCCUAAUAGUAGAAGUCCUGUUCUAGAUGGAGGAUGAGGCCUGAGGCUAAUUAGCUACUUAAAAUAAUUUUUUUUUGUUGCAUAGAUUAUACAUUCA